GGUCGUCAUCCUCUUCUUAUUACAAAAAAAUUUGAGAACGAAUUGAGUGAAGAAGAUAGUAGCGUAGAACACAAAAAAAAAAAAUCAAAGAUGCGAGGAAACGUCACCGGUAACGCCAAUGGCAGCGAUGACCGGUGGGGAACAGCUGCUGCCGCCGUUCCAGCAAUUCGGAAGAAAGGUACAAGUGUUCGUCAAUGGCUGGUAGUCGACGGCACCGGCGAAGCACAGGUGAUCGAGGCCGGAAAACACGCCAUCAUGCGUCGUACCGGCCUCCCUGCACGUGACCUUCGAAUCCUCGACCCUCUCCUCUCCUACCCUUCUACCGUUCUCGGAAGAGAAAGAGCAAUCGUCAUCAACUUAGAACACAUCAAAGCAAUUAUCACCGCAAACGAAGUUCUUCUUCUCAAUUCACGCGAUCCUUCUGUUACUCCUUUCGUUCAAGAGCUUCAAGCCAGGAUUCUUCGUCAUCACGAAGCUACCACUACUCCUCUUCCUGAUAAUCAGGAAGAUUCUCACGGUGGAAUUAAGAUUCUUCCAUUUGAAUUCGUUGCACUUGAAGCUUGUCUUGAAGCAGCUUGUAGUGUUUUGGAGAGUGAAGCGAAGACGUUGGAACAAGAAGCGCAUCCAGCUCUUGAUAAAUUGACUUCGAAGAUUAGUACUCUCAAUUUGGAACGUGUUCGUCAGAUUAAGAGCCGUUUGGUUGCGAUUACUGGGAGGGUUCAAAAAGUGAGAGAUGAAUUGGAACAUUUACUUGAUGAUGAUGAAGAUAUGGCGGAGAUGUAUCUUACUGAGAAGUUACUUCAACAGCAAUUGGAACAAACCUCUGAUGAAGACACUGUUGAAACUCCUGAUCAUGAUGUUGAUGAUAAUGGUGUUGAUAUUAAUCAAAGUGUACCGGCUGCUGAGAUUUCGUUGGAAGCGGGUGUAGGAGGGGGGGUGAAUUAUGUGGAGGAAGAUGAGGAUAAUCUCAAUUCUAGAGAGCAAAUGUUUGGUGCUUCAAAUUUAAGGGAUAGCCGCGGAACACGUGCAAGUACUACUUACAGUGUCACCACCACUAAGCUUGAUGUUGAGGAGCUUGAGAUGCUCUUGGAAGCUUACUUUGUUCAGAUUGACGGCACUCUCAAUAAGCUCUCAACGCUGAGGGAGUAUGUUGAUGACACGGAGGAUUAUAUCAACAUUAUGCUUGAUGACAAACAGAACCAUCUUCUCCAAAUGGGAGUCAUGUUGACCACGGCAACUCUGGUGGUAAGUGCCUUCGUUGUUGUCGCUGGUAUUUUUGGCAUGAAUAUUAAUAUUGAACUGUUUGAUAAGAAUUUGUAUGGGAUGAGAGAGUUUAUGUGGACUGUUGGUGGUGGCACUGCUGGGACCAUAUUCUUGUAUGUGGUUGCUAUUGCCUGGUGCAAGCACAAACGCUUGCUGGAGUGAAUGGGACUCAGUUGUGCUCCAUAAAUAAUGUAAUUUAAUCGGAAUGUCAUGUUUUAUCUGUUUUUCUGUAAAAUUUUAAUUAAUAUAAGACCUCUACGGCAUUUAUUAGCUUCUUAUACAUGAAUGAUCCUUCAACUAAUCUUUCUUGUACAUUGUUGUAUGGACAAUGUCUGCAAUAUUGCUUUUAUGUAAUACUUGCUGCUAGUUCUGUUAUUUACACAAAGAUUUCAGUAUAAGAUUCAGAUUUUUCCCCGUGUACA